AUGGUGAGGCAACGUUCUUCCGGUCACUUUAUCAAACAAGCAUCCUCUAGCUCUAGGCCGAUCCCCACCCCUAGCUAUCCUCAGCGUCGGAGAUCAUUGCGGAUAUCUCUUCCAACCAAGGUAGCGGCAGCUGUCCUCUGCGUCGUCAUCGGUGCCGUCUUACUCUCUCGUUUGUCUAACAGCAGACGAUUGGGGAUCUUACAUAGCAAGACAAUAAAGCUGAAAGCGGGUGAUGUGGAACAAGAAGUUCUGCCAUCCGGACAAGACUGGGGACAUGGGGAUUUCGGUGAUGGUCGACAAAGGAAUGUUGCAAAGACGUUCUUGACACCGACAUGUGACGCAUGCUAUUGGGUCAACACCAAUUUAGGCAACGGAGGUCCCGAGCCUGAUCUGAGCGGAGGGAUGAUACCUGCUGUAGCUCCCCCUUUCGCCAUGACUCGCUGGACCCCACAGACCAGAACCAAUUACCCUUCCAUGUGUCCCUACAACCAAUCCGAUACAAUGUUCCACGGUUUUAUGGGAACACACCAGCCGGCCAUCUGGAUGGGGGAAUCUGGACCCGCUAUGCUCUCGGUCGGCUUAGGCAAAGUCAUCACAGACUUUGAGGAACGAGGUAUACCCUUCGAUAAAUCUCACGAAUAUGCGUCGGCCAAUUAUUAUUCCACCCUGCUCAACGCCGAGGAGGGGGAUAUCCAGACAGAAAUGUCCGCUACAUCUCGUGUUGGUCAUCUACGCUUCACCUUUGACGCCUGGGGAGAUUCUCUACCUCAUGUAGUGGUUCGAGCGAGCAGAGCCAGUGUGCUCAUGAGUGGUGACAACGUCAUGUCUCGGAGUCCCCAUAAUGUCUCAUACCCGGAAGGCUGGGUAAACAUUGAUGCCAAGAGAAAGGAGAUCUAUGGGUGGAAUGAUGAACGUCAAGAUCAUAUUCUGGUAGGGGAUGAACUCCCAGCGACAAACUUCAAAGGCUACUUCGUCGCUCGUUUCUCACAACCGUUCCGAGAUGUCGGAAUAUCAUACGACGGUAAAUUACAGCCUGGUGAAACUCAAGGUCAAGGCAAGAUACUGGCGGGAUACGCAACUUUCAAUCACGAUGUGAAAGUCGUCGACGUACGUAUAGGCGUCAGUUUCAUAAGUAUCGACCAAGCUCGUCGAAACUUGGACUUGGAAAUACCAGAUGGACAAACUCUUGAAGUGACCUCCAAACUGACCCGUACCGCUUGGGCAGACAAGCUGGAUCGUCUUAUGGUGACCGGAGCCACGCCUCAUAAUCUUACAGUACUCUACACAUCCUUUGCUCAUACCCUGGUCUAUCCUUACGAGGUCUCCGAGAAUGCUGGCACCAAUCGUCGACCCAAAUGGGAAUACUAUUCUGGUUAUUUGGACAAAGUCGUUCCAGGCGUCAGCUACUCGGGCUAUAGCAUCUGGGACACCUUCCGCUCUCAUACCGCUUGGUUACUGUUGGUAGCCCCUGAACGGGUUGGGGCCAUGAUCCAGAGUAUGCUGCAGGACUACAAAGAAGGGGGUUGGUUACCAAUGUGGAAGAAUAUCGUGGAAACGAAUAUCAUGGUGGGUACUCAUGGUGAUAGCAUCAUUGCUCAGGCCAUGGAAGCAGGAGUGAAAGAUUUCGACUGGAACCUGGCAUGGGAAGCAGUGAAGAAGAAUGCCUUUACGCCACCGGAGAGAGAUACGGAGCUGGAGGAAGAACAUACUCCUCAAGAGGUCAGAGCGGGUCUGACAGAGUAUAUGUCACACGGAUAUGUGGCUGCCGACAUUCAUGCGGAGAGUGGCAGUAGAACACUGGAUUAUGCCUACGAUGACCACGCCGCGUCCAUCGUGGCUACUCACUUGGGAGCGCAUGACGAAGCUGCUGUUCUCACCAAACGAGCAAAGUAUUACCGCAAUCUCUGGAAUAUCAAUACGGGCUUUAUGGAGGCGAGGAACAUAGAUGGAUCCUUCGCUGGUGAAAAGGUGGGAUGGACGGAAGGCGAUCAUUGGGCGUAUAGUCUGGCAGUCAUGCACGACAUUCCAGGUCUGAUCGAGUUGAUGGGUGGGGAUGACAAGUUUGUGGGGUUUCUGGAUCGACAUUUUGAUGAAGGACAUAAUCUACAUACCAAUGAGCCAAGUCAUCACAUUCCAUACCUCUACAACUUUGCCAACGCACCACAUAAAACCCAACAUUGGGUCCGUCAGAUCGCCCGGAAUGAAUACAAUCACACCGCUACCGGUUUAUCAGGUAACGAGGACUGUGGUCAAAUGUCUGCUUGGUAUCUCUUCACCGCCCUUGGUUUUUAUCCCGUAGACCCGGCUUCCGCGACAUAUAUCAUCGGUGCCCCUCUGUUCGAUUCUCUCCUCCUCCGACUACCAGGACAAAAACGACCAUUACGUAUUGACGCACUUGGUGCUUCCGACGUCCGAGGUUACGUGCGUGGUCUGAAAGUCAAUGGAAAAAGAAGAGAAUCUUGGGUAUUGAGACAUGAUGAAAUUAGACAUGGAGUUGAUUUGAUAUUUGAAAUGGACGGAACACCUCAAGCUUGGGGAAUGACUUUAUAG